AGGAAACUUGCCUGCCGGCUCUGCCAAAAAAGGAAGAAGAAAUGCAAUCGCAAAAGUCCAUGCUCUAUGUGCAUCAAGCUCAAAGUUGUCUGUCAGCCAAGCACACCAGCACCUACUCGCAAACGGAGGCAGUCGACAAAGGACCUGUUUGCGCGGCUAGCAUGGUGUGAAGAGCAGCUGCGGCGU